AUGGGACUGUCGGUGGAGCCGAAGACGUCCGAAGAAAAGGCAGCCGUGAAGGAGAGUUUUCUUCGGCGCAGCGUUAUUCCCGGCGUGAUCGGAUGCACGGAUGGUGGCCUCAUUGCCAUUAUCGCACCCAAGGGUGAGCGCAAUACUGCAUUCAUGUCUCGGAAGGGCUACUAUGCCGAAAACUGCAUGUUCAUCUACGACGCGGACAUGAGGAUCCUGACCGUGCAUUCCAUGCGACCGGGGUCGGAUCACGACUCAUUCGUCCAGCGGACGACAUCGCUGCGCCGGCGGUUCCAAGCGGGGAGCAGCAGGAAUCCCGGUGUAUACCUCAACGGUGACAGCGGCUACCCCUUCUAUCCGUGGCUCCUGACCCCGGUUCCCGGCCAUCCUCCUAUGGAAACAGCCGAGGGGAAGUACAACAAAGCACAUGCCACCUUGCGUUCCGUAGUGGAGAGGUGUAUUGGGCUCUUGAUGAGCCGUUUCCGCUGUCUGCAGCGGUACCGCACCCUCCUCUACGAGCCAGAACGUGCGGCCAACAUUGUCGCUGCAUGUGCUGUGUUGCACACACAAUCUUCGGCUGUCUGA